CCGGUGUAACAUCAGAAAAGGAUACUGUUGCAUUCAGUCUUACUAUAGCUAUGUGAAAGGCAACAUCGUCCUAUUAGAUCUCCGAUAUCCUAUGGUUGAACACCUUCUAAUGCUUUCACGUUAAAUUUAAUACUGAAACACAAUAAUUAUACGGAAGUGAAAAUCGAAGUGGGAGAUUUAGAGGAAGGGCAAAUCUCUCCGAAAGAGCAAAACAUGAAGUCAAAAGAAUGUCAAAUCGAUAUAGAAUCGGAAUUAGAUGAUCCCACAAUGGCACAGUCUAAUGAAAAAAUGAUAAUGGAUUAUGCAAGUCUUGUUGAACGUACACGAAAUGUAUUUAUUAAUGGUAAGACAAGAUCAUUAAAAUGGAGACAAACACAGUUAAAACAAACACUACUUAUGAUACAAGAAUGUAAACAAGAAAUUAUAUCUGCUCUUGCUUCUGAUUUACGCAAGUCCAAAUUUGAAUCUGUUAUUAUGGAAAUAAAUAUUGUUGAAGGAGAAAUCAAACAUUUGCUCAUGUGUCUUAAGGAAUGGUCAGCUGAUGAAAAACCUCCAAAAGAUAUGGUUAACAUAAUGGACAGAGUUGAAAUUAAGAAAGACCCAUAUGGUGUGGUUCUUAUUAUAGGACCAUGGAAUUAUCCUUUCCAAUUAAUUGUGGCUCCUUUAGCAGGUGCAUUAGCUGCUGGAAAUUGUAUUCUUGUUAAACCAUCAGAAGUAUCCUCUGCUACAGCGAGACUUAUUGCAAAUAUUAUUCCAAAAUAUUUAGAUCAAGAAUGUGUUCAUGUAAUAUUAGGAGGUAUUUCUGAAACAACAGAAUUACUUAAGCAAAGAUUCGAUUAUAUCUUUUAUACGGGUUCAUCUAGUGUCGGAAAAAUCAUUCAUCAAGCAGCAAAUAAAUUUUUAACGCCAAUAACAUUAGAACUUGGUGGUAAAAGCCCUGUAUAUAUAGAUAAUACAGUAGAUAUAGACAUAACUGUGAAAAGAGUACUUUGGGGCAAAUGUGUUAAUGCUGGACAAACAUGUAUUGCACCUGAUUAUAUACUUUGUACUGAAGAAAUUCAAAAUAAAUUUGUAACAAAAGCAAGAGAAAUUCUAAAAGAUUGGUAUGGUAAUAAUCCAAAGGAAAGUCCAGAUUUAUCACGUAUAAUUAAUGAACAUCAUUAUCAGCGUCUCAUCAAAUAUUUAAAUAAUGGUAGAAUAGUGAUAGGUGGUGACUGUGAUCCUAAUGAAAAAUAUAUUUCUCCAACUAUUCUUGUUGAUAUCAAAUCUACAGAUCCUGUGAUGCAAGAUGAAAUAUUUGGUCCAAUAUUACCAAUCAUAAAUGUGAAUAAUGCUUAUGAAGCAAUUAAAUUUAUAAAUAAUCGUGAAUCCCCACUCGUAAUAUAUAUAUUUUCCAAGGACAGGGGAGUUCAGGAUUUAAUAAUAAAUCAAACUCGUAGUGGAAGCGUAGGAGUAAAUGAUACAAUAAUGCAAUAUUGUGUUGACAGUAUACCAUUUGGUGGUGUUGGCAAUUCUGGUAUGGGAUGUUAUCAUGGAAAAUAUACUUAUGAUACCUUUGUACACAAAAAAGGUUGUCUUAUUAAAUAUUUCAAUAAACUAGAAGAAACAUUAGCAUCAGGCCGUUAUCCGCCAUAUUCUGAUAAAAACUUAUCUUUCUUACAAAUUCUAAUGGCAAAACGGCCUGAUAUACCUGGAAUUAAAUAUUUUCCACAUCUUUUAGCAUUUGGUUUGGGAAUUCUUGCCACAUACAGUGUUUUAAUUAUAUUAAAGGUAUAUAAAUUUAGGCGAAUUAAUGCAUUUAUUAAUUUGUAAUAAUUUCAUUUGUUAUAAUCUA